GUAGUGUUGUGUUUGUGUUCGUGUCGAGAUAAUUUGAGUGAUUUGACACGUUAAUUAUUUGUUCUUAUCUUACAAGUUCUCAUUUUAUCAACUACAUAGUUAUAAAGUUUCAUUGCCACGUUAGCAAAAGAACUGCAGUUUGAUUCAAGCUCAAUAUUUUCGCAUUUGAAUACAGUUACAGUAAAUACUCAUUUUGACUAUUUGAGGUUAAAUUGAAAUGUGAAGUGGAAAAUGUCUAAAAAGGUAAUUUUUCUUCAUCCCGACCUAGGGAUCGGAGGAGCUGAAAGACUUGUUGUUGAUGCUGCUCUUGCACUUCGUAAUGAAGGCCACAGUGUUGGUUUUGUAACAUCUCACCAUGACAAAUCACAUUGUUUUGUUGAAACUAAGGAUGGUUCAUUUCCAGUCACUGUUGUUGGUGAUUGGUUGCCCAGACAUAUUUUUGGAAAAUGCUAUGCUCUUUGUGCAUAUAUACGAAUGAUCUAUGCUGCUCUGUAUAUUCUACUCUUCAGCGACAUGCCUGAUGUUUUUUUCUGUGAUAUCGUUUCUGCUUGUAUUCCUAUUUUGAAACUGAGCAAAAUCCCUGUAGUUUACUACUGUCAUUUUCCCGAUCAACUUUUGAGUGUACGUGGUGGUAAGUUAAAACAGCUGUAUAGAAUUCCACUCAAUUGGGUUGAAGAAAAGACAACAGGAUGUGCCGAUAUAAUCCUUGUGAAUAGUAAAUUUACACGUAAAGUAUUUUACGAGACUUUUACAACCAUUACUAAAGCACCUGAGGUUUUAUACCCCUCCAUAAACACAGACUUUUUUGAUAAGGCAAGAUCAGCCACUGUAACCUUUGCCAAGGUGUUGGGUGUAGAUUUGCCUGCAAAUUCAUUUAUUUUCCUUUCUAUUAAUCGCUACGAAAGAAAGAAAAACGUUUCUCUGGCAAUCAAAGCUUUGACAUAUUUGAAGAAGAAUCUUAAUGAGUCGGAAUGGAACAGAGUCCGGCUAAUACUUGCUGGAGGAUAUGAUAAUAGAGUGUUAGAAAAUAUAGAGUACCAUUCAGAACUCAAAGACAUGUCCUCAGAGUUGGAUGUCCUUGAUAAAAUCUUCUUCCUGAAGUCUCCAUCGGAUGUAGAAAAACUGUUUUUGCUGCAACAGUGUCAUUGUUUGUUAUAUACUCCAUCCAAUGAGCAUUUUGGAAUCGUCCCUCUUGAAGCAAUGUAUUCAGAGAAGCCUGUGAUAGCUGUCAACAGUGGUGGUCCAAGAGAAACGGUUGUGGAUAAUGAAACAGGAUACCUUUGUGAACCAAAUGAAGAGGAAUUUGCAGCUGCUAUGUCCAAGUGUUUGAAAGAUGAAAAUAACGCUAAGAAAAUGGGAAGAGCUGGACGCAAACGGUUUGAAGAUAACUUCUCUUUUCGUGCCUUUUCCGAGCAUUUGAUCAGUGUUAUAGACAAAGUAGGGUUUGAUGAUUACAAACAAAAUUGAGUGUCUUUUUCUUGUGGAUUUUGAACGAUUCUAUUCGGUUCUCUUUGAAUCUUUGCAUUAGAGAUAUUUUUUUAAUCACUAAGGCAUGUAAUUGAAUGACUCACUUAACUUAGAUUAAAAAAUGCAUUUACACAUUAUUUAUAUAGCUAUAUUGAUAGUCAUUUUAGGUACGGUACUAAUCAGUUACACGGAAAACAUUUUAUAGCGAUAGGCUACAGUGAGGGUAGUUGAAAUACUAAGAAUGUCAAUUACCUCUAUUGACUGACUAUUUUACCUCUCCACAACAAUAAGUCAAAUAAAUAAGUCCCCAUCUUAAAUAAUUCAUAAUUGAUUUAUUGUAUGAUUUUCAAAUCCCCUCUUAUCCUGAUCAAUGACAGACCUAUUGAAUACCCAUAAUAUUGAGAUUUUUACCCAUUUCUUUAAAAUUUAGGCCUAGACCCUUAAUUUGAUUCUUGAAUUCCUGUGUUGUUACGAAGAAACAAUUCUCCUUUUCAAAUAGUAACCUUUUGAGUUACGCUAUUUUUUAAAUCUUCUCUGCUUUUUUAAAGUGGAUUAUUGAAAUUUGCCAAAACUUGUUUUUUUUAUCAGGGUUACGAUUACACGAUUUUUACAAUCAAAGUGUCACUAGAUUUGGAUUGCUUGAAGUUGUUUUUUAGUGGCUCUUUUUCAUGAAAUUAGACUUUGAAAUUUUUAACGGUUGCAUUUCUGAAAUUUGGAUAGCCGUAGUUUUAAAUUGCCAGAUGUUUUUUUUUUUAUUAGGUACCUACAGUUUUUUAUAAUCAAAGUAAUUUAUCAUCGGAUUUUGAAUAAAAAUCACUUUAAAUUUAACAUAAUAUACAGGAUGUCCCGGAACUCUCUACCAAUAUUUUAGGGCAUUGAUCCUGGGUAAGAAACGUACCUAAAUUUAACAUUAUCACGAUUUU